AUGAACAAUCAGAAUAUUCCGAACAAAAUGCCGAAUUUAACCAUCAUCUACCCUUCUCCUCCCAGUGUAAGUUCUGGAUCGAUCUCGGCAGUUCAAGGAACGUCUACCCAAUUGAGUGAACAAGAAAGGAACAGAAAGAAUAAAGAUUCUAAAAGAUUGCUUCCUUAUUUUCUGGUUAAAAAGAGACGACUGGCACGACAACGACGCUUGGAAGUCGAUAACCUCAUCAAGGCUAUGUAUGAUCACGUUUUCGAGAUGUCUGGUGAAAAAUCUCCAAAAACUGAUACUUGUGAUAUGAUGGAAGACAUUCAAAAGGUGAUACAAUCCCUACGCAAGAAUGUGAUGGAAGAUCCGGAUUUGAGAGCGAGAGUUCUACCACCUGGUUUACUAACACCUAAAGUUACUGAGGCAAACACUCGUGUAGAGAAUGCUGCAGUAUCUCCUAUGAGGGAAGAAAAGAAAGAAGUGGAAGGAAAAGUGGUAGGAGAAGGAGAAGAAGUGGAGAAUGUACCAUCAGGAUUGAAUGAAGUCCCACUUUCUCCUCUUUCUCACAUUCCAUCUUCUAUCAAAACUACCUCGACACCAGUGGAAGGUAGUGGAAAGAGAAUGGAUAGUACAGACGGUGGUCUUGAGCAGACACUUCCUUCUCUUUCUGCCAAUGACCCCAACCAAUCCACUUCAUUGCCUCAUGAACCUUCAUCAUCCGAAUGA